GCGGAAAUCAUCAAAAUUGGUCCUUGAGAGUUCUGCAGGCUGCAGAUAAAGGACACACACCCAUGUAAGUUCGUCCUUGAGACACACAUGACAGAUAAGUGAGGCAGCUAGACCAACUGUCAGAAAAAACACCCAAAUUCUUGUUUAACAACCCGACUGCAAAGAUGGGUGUGUGUGUGUCUCUGCCACAACCAGUGAUGGCCGACCAGCUACCUCCACAGCAAAGAGACCCGCUGCUGAAUACAUUCCACCAAGGGAGCCUCCCCAACGGGAUAAAAACCUCCAAAGACGGCCUCCAUGCCAGGGGACAGUGGGCCAGCAAGGCGGAGUUCCUCCUGGCCGUGGCGGGGCAGAUCAUCGGUCUGGGCAACGUCUGGAGGUUCCCUUAUCUCUGCUACAAGAACGGAGGAGGUGUGUUCUUCGUGCCCUACAUGUUGUUCCUGGUGCUGUGCGGGAUCCCCCUCUUCCUCCUGGAAACCUCACUGGGACAGUUCACCAGCCUGGGGGGGGUCAGCGCCUGGAGGAAGAUCUGCCCCUUAUUUGGAGGUCUGGGCUAUGCCAGCCAGGUGAUGAUCCUGCAUGGCUGUGUUUACUACAUCGUCAUCCUGGCCUGGGCCCUCUUCUACCUCUCCUACAGCUUCCAGGCGGAGCUGCCCUGGUCGCACUGCAACAACACGUGGAACACAGAGGCGUGUGUGGUGUUUGAACGCCACAACCAGACAACCAUUGAGAGCAGCCUGCCAGAGAACGCCACCUCUUCCGUCAUGGAGUUCUGGGAGCGAGAAGUACUCCGUCUCUCCAACAGUUUAGACGAGCUGGGUCCAAUCAACUGGAAGCUCGCUCUGUGUCUCGCCAUCGUCUGGCUGGUGUGUUACUUCUGUGUGUGGAAGGGAGUCAAGUCUACGGGAAAGGUGGUGUACCUGACAGCCACCUUCCCGUACGCCAUGCUGGUUGUGCUGCUGAUUCGCGGGGCCACGCUGCCCGGAGCCACGCAGGGCAUCAUCUACUACCUCAAACCCAACAUCACCCGCCUGGCAGACCCACAGGUAUGGAUGGAUGCAGGUACCCAGGUAUUUUUCUCAUACGGAAUCUGUUUGGGGAGUCUCACGGCCCUCGGCAGUUACAACAAAUACAACAACGACUGCUAUAAGGACUCUUUCCUCCUGUGCCUCCUGAACAGCAUCACCAGUUUCCUGGCAGGUUUCGCCAUCUUCUCCGUGCUGGGCUUCAUGGCUGAAGAGCAGGGGGUGGACAUAGCCUCUGUGGCCCAGUCAGGGCCUGGCCUUGCCUUCAUUGCCUACCCGAGAGCAGUUGCCAUGAUGCCUGUACCCCAACUGUGGGCCGUGUGCUUCUUCCUCAUGAUCAUCAUGCUGGGGCUGGACACACAGUUUGUGAGUCUGGAGGCCCUGAUGACGUCGGUGACAGACCUGUACCCUAAUCUGAUCCGACGGGGUCACCGCAGAGAGCUGCUGCUGCUCUUCAUCUGCAUCAUCUGCUUCCUGCUCGGCCUGGUCAUGGUCACGCCCGGGGGUCUGUAUGUGUUCCAGAUCUACGACCAUUACUCCUGCAGUGGAACCAGCCUGCUGCUGCUCUCCAUCGUCCAGUCGCUCGCCAUCGGCUGGGUCUACGGAGCCGAUCGCUUCAGUUCCAACAUCAGGGACAUGACCGGCUACAGCCCCCUGCCCGUCUUCAAGCUGUGCUGGAAGUACCUGACCCCGGCCGUGUGCUCUGCCACCUUUGUGUUCUCCCUGGUCAGCUGGUCUCCAUUAAACCUGGGGAGGGGUCUGGUGGCUCCGGCCUGGGCCACAGCGCUGGGCUGGCUCCUCACGCUCUCCUCCGUCUCCCUGCUCCCCAUCUGGGCCAUCUACGCCCUGGCCAUCACCCCUGGAACCCUGUCACAGCGCUUCCAUCGUCUGUGCAGCCCGGUUGAAAUCUCCUCCCUGGCCCUCCACUACUCCCCCUCUGGGCCCCCCUACAUCCCGGCCCUGCCUCUGAGCGAGAAGGAGCCCAUCACAGACCUUCUCCAUGAUCGUUUGACCUGAACAAAAAAAUGCCGGACUUACAUUGGAUGCUGGUCAGCCAAUCAGGUGUGGCGAAGGAGAAGGGUUGAGGUUGGAGGGUAUCGCUUCUGGGUGCUAAUUAGGGGCUGGCUUCCCAUUUCUACACUAAAUAAGUUUAAGCUGACCACAGAGGCCUGUCAAAAAAAUUCUUCAAGUUUGAACAUUUUACAGUUGAACCUGUUUACCACACAAAUCUGAAUGUUUUUGCAUAUUUACCAUCGUGCUGAAGUGGAACAUCACACUUAAAGAGGCCCUUUAAAGGGGGUUCCCCUUUCCUGUAGUGUGUUCUAUAGGUUUGUCUGCAAAGGCUAAAAUC